ACGAUGAAGACUCUUGUAUUCUUUUUUAUGACUCUCAGUGUUUGUGUUCUGGCUAUGCCAAGCACAAAGUCUUACAACCGUGAUGAUUACAGGAACAGAAACAAAGUAACAAACAUGAACAAUGAGACUUUGCCACCAGAAGGGAGAGUGCAUUUACAAAAAAGUACUUUGAAUGAUUUUACACUUACUGUUGAAGGAAACUAUCUUUGUGUUUACUAUAAAGGAAAUAAGGGAGGCUGUGUUGAAGUUAACAAGGCAUGUGGAACAAAGUUUAGUGAUUAUACUAUUGGUUGUGCUGAUGAUGAGGAGCUGUUUGGGGGAAUGUGCUUUAAAAAAUGUUCACUUGUUGCUAAUGAGCAUUUCCCUUUGCGCACAGCAAUAAGCACAUGUGCAAGAAAUGGAUGCACUUCAGGUCAGGAAUAUGAUGCUGGUCUCUGCUAUCCUAAAUGCAAGGAUUACUACAUCGGAGUUGCCCACCUUUGCUGGGGAUAUUGCAGCCAUUUCUGUGGAUCAGCAUACACUGACAUGGGCCUAUACUGCUACCGGUGGUGGCCACCACAUGCCUGUUCCAAGCCAUCGUAUGGCAGAGGUGCUGGGCUCCUCCCUUACCAACCCUGGACCAAUGGAGCGGGAUGCAAUGGGUUUAAUGUGAAUAAUGAAGGAGGAUGUCCAAAGGUUGAUCUCUCUGAUAAAGCACCCAUUGAUCUUGGAUGCAACAAGUAGUGCACUGGCCUAAUAUAAUAAGUGCAUGAAGAAGCAAUAUAGGACUUUUUGUUAGGACUAUUUUGAUAAUUUUUGGUGCUUGUCUUUUCAUGCAACUUUUUUCUAAAUAAUUAUUGAA